ACACAGCCCCAGCGAAUUUCAGCUGUUCCACACGCUCACCGCAACAACAAAACGCGGCGGCAGCAACAACAAUUAAAUACAGACACUACACACGAACUUGAUUGUAAUAAAGCCGUUAACAGUUAUUAGUGGGCUACCAAAAAAAAAAUCGUCGCAGUUCCAAUGCGCCCAACGAGCAGUUAACAGCAUUCCAAGGAGAACCUCUAAGAAAGAGAUAGAAAAACGGUGAAGGUCGCGCUGCGAACAGAAUGCGGAGAGCGAGCGAAAGAGAGAGAUAAUUGAUUUGCAGUCAAUCUUGGUUCUUAAUUCUUUGCAUCCCGGCAGCAAAAAAAGAUCGAGAUCCGCUAGCAAACCGGAUUAACUAGCACCCGGAAUAUCUUUGCCCGAGUAGAAUAUCUUCCUUUGCCAGAAUAUGGCUUUGAAUGUAAAGGCCCUUCUGGGCAUGCUGUUCGUGUUCAUCGGCUGCUGCAGCAACGUGGUGUUCCUAGAGCUGAUAAUCCAGAUCGAUCCUGGAGCCGGAAACCUGAUCACCUUUGCCCAGUUCCUGUUCAUCGCCCUGGAGGGCCUGGUCUUUACAUCGAAAUUCUUCACGGUGCGUCCGAAGAUUGCGCUGAAGGACUACGUUGUCCUGGUGGCGCUCUUCUUUGGGGCGAAUGUGUGCAACAACUAUGCGUUCAACUUCAACAUACCCAUGCCCUUGCACAUGAUCUUCCGCAGCGGAUCCCUGAUGGCGAACAUGAUCAUGGGCAUUAUACUGCUGAAGAAGCGCUACAACCUCCGGCAGUACAGCUCGGUGGCCAUGAUCACGGCGGGCAUAAUACUCUGCACCCUGGUGUCCAGCGGCGAUGUCAAGGAUAACACACACCACAGCCUCAAAGUGGAGACAUCCUUCUCGGACUUCUUCUGGUGGUCGGUGGGCAUUGGUCUGCUGACGAUCGCCCUGCUGGUCACGGCCUACAUGGGCAUUUACCAGGAGGUGAUCUACAAGAAGUACGGCAAGCACCCCAGCGAGGCGUUGUUCUUUACGCACAUGCUGCCGUUGCCCGGAUUCCUGAUACUGGCCGGGAAUAUAUGGCAGCACUUCGGCAUUGCGUGGUCCUCGGAACCGGUGGCCAUUCCUCUGCUGGGCGCCAUCGGUCUGGAGUGGAAGUUCCCACUGAUGCUGUUUUACCUGCUCUGCAAUGUGGUCACCCAGUACGUGUGCAUCAGCGCCGUCUACCUUCUGACCACUGAGUGCGCCUCGCUAACCGUCACCUUGGUGGUCACACUGCGCAAGUUUGUCUCGCUGCUGUUCUCCAUCAUCUACUUCCGGAACCCCUUCACACUGAACCAUUGGGUGGGCACCGUCCUCGUUUUCUUUGGCACCAUACUCUUUGCCAACGUGAUCAACCAGGUGAGGGACGCCUAUCGAGCCAGGUCGAGCGGGAAGGGCCGCUUCGACACCGCCCCGCUGGCCAAGAAGGCGGAGUAAUCUUCGAGAGCUGUGCUGGAUCCUGCUGCAGAGGCCAUAGUCCAUUAAUUAGUAGUCCUAACGCCUUGUUUGUACAUAGAAUACGGUUAAAUUGGGAAUACGCUUAGCGUUUAGACGCCUCUUUGUGCUUGUGCGUGUCGUCUGUCUACAGUUUAUAUUGUUUGUUUUAAUACUUGAACUUUAAAGUGUCCAAAAGUUGUAAUAUACAAAGUUAAGCUUUAAGCCAUCGUUUAAUUGAUUUUUUUAAUAAACUAUAAAUGUGAAAUUCAAAA